UCUUUUUGGAUGCCUGUCUGAUUGAUCCAUGUUUCUAAACUCUUCCUUGUAACCUUCUCAAGCAGCCAAAAUGAAGUUGAAGCAUAACAUCAACCCUGUUCUUCUACAGUUUAUAAACUUUAUAAUCUUGGUGUACUCCUUUGUAACCUACAUUCCGUGGUACAUAUUUUCAGGAUCAAGGCAGGCUAUAGCAAAAGCCAAGCAGGUUAAAGCCAAACCUGUGAAUAAUAAGCCUGGGGGUGCGUACAGAUCUGUUAACAGUCUACAUUGCUUAGCUUCAGUUUUAUAUCCUGGGUGUGAUACACUCGACAAAGUUUUUAAAUAUGCUAAAACUAAAUUUAAGGACAAAAAACUCUUGGGAACACGUGAAAUCCUAAAAGAGGAAGAUGAAAUCCAGCCAUCAGGAAAAGUUUUUAAAAAGGUCAUCCUUGGCAAGUACACCUGGCUUUCAUAUGAAGAUGUAUACAUUAAAGCUGUUAAUUUUGGAAACGGCUUAGCAGUAUUGGGUCAGCAACCAAAGACUAACAUUGCUAUCUUUUGUGAGACUAGAGCUGAGUGGAUGAUUGCAGCGCAGGCCUGCUUUAUGUGCAAUUACCAGCUUGUUACUCUGUAUGCUACUCUGGGAGGCCCAGCAAUAGUACAUGGGCUGAAUGAAACGGAGGUGACCACCAUCAUUACUAGUAAAGAAUUGAUGCAAACAAAGUUGAAGGAAAUUGUUUCUCAAGUUCCACUGCUGCGACAUAUUAUUACGGUGGAUGGCAAACCAACAACAUGGUCAGAGUUCCCCAAGGGUGUCAUUGUUCACACUAUGGCUUCUGUGCAAGCUAUGGGGGCCAAAGCAGAUACUGGAAACAAACAGCAGGCCAGGCCUGUGCCCUCGGAUAUCGCGGUGAUCAUGUACACAAGUGGAUCCACAGGAGUUCCCAAAGGAGUUAUGAUCUCCCACUGCAACAUAAUCGCUGGGAUAACUGGAAUGGCUGAGAGGAUUCCAAAUCUGGGGGAAAAAGACAUUUAUAUUGGCUAUUUGCCUCUUGCCCAUGUUCUGGAGCUGAGUGCUGAGCUCGUGUGUCUGUCUCAUGGAUGCCGCAUUGGUUACUCUUCACCCCAGACUUUAGCUGACCAGUCCUCUAAAAUAAAGAAGGGAAGCAAAGGUGAUGUUACUACACUUAAGCCAACCCUAAUGGCAGCUGUCCCGGAAAUUAUGGAUCGGAUCUACAAAAAUGUCAUGAAUAAAGUGAAUGAAAUGACUACUUUCCAGCGCAAUCUAUUUAUAUUGGCUUACAACUACAAAAUGGAACAGAUUUCCAAAGGUUACACUACCCCACUCUGCGAUAGCCUUAUUUUCCGGAAAGUACGAAUGCUGCUAGGUGGAAAAAUUCGCAUCCUGCUUUGUGGAGGAGCUCCACUCUCUGCAGCAACUCAGCGGUUUAUGAACAUUUGUUUCUGUUGCCCUGUAGGACAGGGGUAUGGACUAACUGAAUCAGCUGGAGCUGGAACAAUCACGGAAGUUUGGGACUACACUACAGGGAGAGUGGGAGCACCUUUGGUCUGUUGUGAAAUCAAGUUAAUGAACUGGGAAGAAGGUGGAUAUUACAACACUGAUAAACCAUAUCCUAGAGGUGAGGUUCUUAUUGGAGGGCAAAAUGUGACUGUGGGCUACUACAAAAAUGACGUACGAACCAAAAAAGAUUUCAGUGUUGAUGAGAAUGGGCAGAGGUGGCUCCAUACUGGAGAUAUCGGAGAGUUUCAUCAAGAUGGAUGUCUAAAAAUUAUUGAUCGUAAAAAAGAUCUUGUAAAACUCCAGGCAGGAGAAUAUGUUUCUCUUGGCAAAGUAGAAGCAGCUCUAAAGAAUCUUCCACUGGUAGAUAAUAUUUGUGUAUAUGCAAGCAGUUUCCAUUCUUAUGUCAUUGGAUUUGUUGUGCCAAAUCAAAAGGAGCUCGCAGAACUAGCUCGAAAGAAAGGAUUUAAAGGAACCUGGGAAGAGAUCUGUAACAGUCCUGAGAUGGAAAAAGAGGUACUAAAGGUGCUAGCUGAGGCUGCCAUGGCAGCUAAUCUGGAGAAGUUUGAAAUACCAGUAAAAAUUCGUUUGAGCCCUGACCCUUGGACCCCUGAGACUGGUCUAGUGACAGAUGCGUUCAAACUAAAACGCAAAGAGCUUACAGCAUACUAUCAAAUGGACAUUGAUCGAAUGUAUGGAAAAAAUGUAAAAUAAUUCUUUUCUGCACCACUUUGCUACAAUGAGCUUGGAUCAAAUAGGAAAUACUUGAAUUGCCUGUCUCAACACUUGAGAUCAACACACAAACCCACCAUUCCUCAUUUGUAGCUUAAACUGUUAUUUCUGAUAACGCCACCAUGAUGACUGGCAAGUUUAGUAAAAUGUUACGGCAGCAAACUUGUGUCUGUCUCCUUUUUUCCAGUUUUCUCUGCUACCUUGUCAGUCUGUGGAUUUUCCCGAGUCUUUUUGGGAAACCAUGAUUCUGAAGCCUCAAGUUUUUAAACAUUUAUAAAUCCUGUAUAAUGUUUUAUUUGUAUCUUUAAAAUUUGGAUGU